AAUGUUUCCAGUUUGUCAAGAAUACAUUGCAAGAUUCGUACAUGCGCGGUUGACUUCUGAUAUUUUUUGUUUGUUCUUUAAUCUAUCCAAUUUGUGAAGAAGUAGAAACGUGCAUAAAGGAAUAGUUCGUGUUUUUGUACAAGAUGUUGUAAGAAUGUUGUCGCAGACUUUAAAAACAUUUAUUGGAACAAAUUUGCAACAUUUGAUGGUUUUAAACCUUGAAAAGUUUCUAUAGUGAAAAAGUGUUAUUCUGUAAAAAGAUAGAAGAGUUUAUAACAAUUUUUUUUAUUAGUGUUAUUUUACUUAGACUCGUAAUAAUUUCAAGGAUUUUGUGAAGGACCUGUUUUGUCACUGAAAAAAAAACAACGUUCAGUACAAAAAAUCCUACAGUGUAAUUGCUCAAGCCAAUUUUAUUUUUGUAAAAUUGGUGUAAAGAAAGAGAACGAUCUAGUGAAUAUUGGACAAUUAGAUGUGUAACAUGAAAGAGCGUAAAGAUUCAGUAGAAAGUAAUAACAAUGAUAGUCAUAGUCAACAACCGUCCUUCUCUUCUAGUAUAGUACAUCCUAGACAUAAACGUAACAGGAUGAAGAAACGUAUGUCAACAUUAUUACACACUCAUGUCGCACUCAUCAUACUUACAGCGUGUGCAACAUUAGAUGCUGGUUGUGUAAUUGGUCAAAUUAUAUCUGAUAUUUUAAUUAUGAAAGAUGAAUUACAUGAAAAAGAAAUCCUAGAAGCUAAGUCUAAAGAAAUCGUUUUUAAGACGUUCCCUAACACACUCAAUCAAACAAUCCAUGGCAACUGGUCUCUGCCGAAUAUACUGUUGGAAGUUCAGAGAGAUUUUGGUCAUACUCAUCAUGAUGGAAUAGAGCAUGGCGCAAUUGACCGACUAGCCAAGAUGGCUAAACGACCUUGGCCAGAUAUGUCAAACGACACAGAGCGUGGCAUUGACCUUGGGGCACUAGUAGAUCACCAUCAUCCCCUGCAUGACCACGCCCACGACCAUAGUGAUUUUCACGUGCAUUCUAGGAAAAAGCGUGGAGCAGGCGCCAACCAUAAGCAUGACAUGUUCCAGACGGAUGCAGCUAAAUAUAGACAUUAUAUGUUGCACGAGCUUACCCACGCGUUCCAUCUGGGGUCAAUGGUCAUCCUCACCUUUUUAGUAUUAGUCACAUACUUUAAGAUAUUCAUAAUGGGAAAGAAAUUCCUUCAUCAUAAGAUAGAGGUUUUCGACGCGUUUGUAAUAACUGUUUCCUGGGCACUAGAUCUUGUGUUUUGGGAAGGUCUCUGGGCACAUCCCGAAGACGAGGCUGCAAAUAUCAUGAUCUUUAUCCUACCAUGGAGAGUUAUCAGGAUAGUGAAUAGUUUUGUGUUGGUGAUACAGGGGCGAGAUUUGCUCCAACUUAAGAUUGUUAAGCAACAAUACAGAGGUUCAGUGAAGAGGGCCAACGACCUUAAGAUGAAAGUGGAGUUAUAUAGAGUUGAAGUAAAGAAUUUGCAAUCUCUGUCCAAGAGGAAAGGUGCCAACGACAAGGAGAUUCAAAGUUGUGCUGCAAAUGGCGCUGGACGAAGAAGGCGAAGCAGUUUGUUACCGGUUCUCAACCGCCUGGCUUCACUUGGUUUAUCAGUCAACAGUCAGACAGAUCUUACCAAGGCCACUUACGAGCCGGAACCACCGACCCCUGCCGAUUCGGAUGACGACCUGGACUCAGUGUAUGUGCCAUCAUUUAGCAGAAUGAGCAGCGUCAGUCUGGAUGACUUUAAUCUUGGACGGACAGUGUCGAACAGCACUGCAUCUACACUUCCGCUUAGUCCGAAACAAAGUGUAAAUUCAAAUUACAGUACAGGCGAAGAUAAUCCUGUCUUUGAAGAUGUAAUAAGUCAAAACCCUAAUGGCGAAUCUGAGGGUGUUGACACGAAACUUUGAACCUGUCUAUAAAUAGAAUCCCGGUUUUCCAAAUCUCGUGUUUUUGCUUUCUUCAACGAGAGUUGAACUUGGCCGGUUGUGUUGUUGAGAAAUGUUAUCGGUGUAAAGCUAUGCUUUGUGGAACACUGUUACCUGCAAUAUUAGUUCAGUGCACAUUUUAUAUAUAAGCAAAAGCAUAGUUCACAUCGAAAUUUGAAUAAGCAUUGUGUUCUUUUUGUUGGUAUUGAGCAUUUGGUGACAAGUUGUCGUAAAACAGUAUAGGAGCUUAUUAUUUUAUGUAACACGCUAUGGUGUUGUGUUAAAAACAAGAAAAACAUAAUGCCUAGGGAUGGCAUGAAACAUUUUCUUCUAGUAAACGUUUGCUUUUAUCAGCUUCCUGACGCUUGAUUUACAAAGCUUGAUUAAUUGUGUUUUAUUGAUUUAUUUUGAAAGCCAUGUGCCAACAAACUUGACUGAACUAAAUAUAGGCUGACAUACACAUUUUGAGUUGAAAAUAUAUGAAGCAGUUUGUUCGAAAUAGUACUGACCAUAUAGUAUGGCCAUAUGCGCAAAUUUAAAGUUUUACUUUCUUAAUUUUAAAUGUAUAUGUAUUUUUUUUCAUUUGACUUUUAUUAAUUAAAGUUCACACAGUUUCUUAUGAACCGAUGCAAUUUCUGGCACACUUUAAUGACUAUUGUUGCAUAUAUGUUGCUGCACCAGCCAGACAAUGAGUUAUGAAGACGGUAUUUAUGUACUCAUUUAUUGAUAUUCUACCUAACAACUGUGAUAUGACAAUUGUGUACUUGUGUAGAUUAUGAUUGAAUGGUCAAUUAAACUACAUGUAUAUCGGUGAGUGAUUGAUUGACUUUAGAAUGAAAGCUUUAUUAACCGAUACAAUAAAUGCAUUGUAAUGGACAUUUUUGUAAAGUUCGUGAUAUUCUAAUGAUUUACAAAUUUUAAGCAGAAACUUUAUUGACCUUGUUCCGAUAUUUUAGUUGGAAGAAAUUGUAUGCUCCUACAUCAAAAUUGAAUUAAUUACAUUAUUUAAUUUCAAGAAAUCGUUUCUGUAUAGAUCUGAAAAUUCAUUUUGACAAUGUAUACCGGUUUAUUGAUUUUAAAGUGUUGCUCAUAUUUGUUUAGAGUAUAUUUUAUGCAUUAUUUUUAAUUAAAAUGUAUUUUUUCUUCUUUUGUAAUUUGCUUAAAAUUGUGUUUUUUGUUCACGUAUCGUUAGCUACUAUUGUAUUAUUGAAUGUUUGAACUGUGAACUUGCUAUUUUUCAUGAACAUUUUGUCUAAAAGAACUUACAUCUUGUUAACCUUACAUCUCGUUUUUAACAUUUACAUUUUGUUCAUUUAUCAUUUUAAUUCUCAUUUUAUUUUAUUGUUAGAUAUGUUGUUAUUGUUAGUUUUGAGGAAUAUCACCCCACUUUUAUAUAAAAAUAUACCACGGCUUCGGUUAGAAUUAUUAAUGUGUUCUUUAUCUGGUGUUGCUUUAAGUAACGAAAACAUAUUAAAUGAACAAAGUUUCAGACAGUCCGCGUAUUGCUAUUGGCUAGUCGACGUUAUAUUAAUAGUAAUUAAUACAACUCAUGAAAUAGUUGAAUACAAUUCGAUUUACUGAUUUUUUUGGUAUUGUCAAUGCCUAAAUAAGCAAUUGUUUCUUUCCAUUUUUUAUGUCCUUUCUGAAAUAUGUAAAUGGUGAACAUUUAUCUAAAGGGAAGUAAAUUGAUUUGACUUUAUUUGAAUAACUGGCUGAAGAGAACUGAUCACCCGGUUUAUACUCGAGUUUUGAUUUUUGUUUUCGUGGUAUUUCGACAUUUUAUUUCAUAGACAUGAAUAUUUUAUCAUAUCAUUAUGUGUGGAUGGUAUAUAGUUUGUACUAUAUGUUUGAUUUUAUAUGCCGUAUUUCAUAUUAAUCAAAGUGGUAUUUAUUUUUCUUUAAUAGAUAUGUUGAGUAUCAAAAAAGAAUAAAGUUGAGAAAUUUUUCAGAAAAAAAAAA